UUCUUUGGAAAUGAAAUCUAUUUUAUUAUGUAUAUUUGAAUUCACAGCCAUAUUUUAUUUUAAUUUUACAAUAUAGAACAUAACUUUGAGAGCAAAACCAAACCUGCAGGAAAAGCAGAGCAUGAUUCGUAGCAUUUAAUUUAAGGGCAAACAAAGAACAUUCUGCUUUAUUUGUGAAACACGGAAUGGAAGCAAAUUGAAGUCCCCAAUCUCUAAACCAAGUCGGUUUCUAAAGAAUAGUGUCGCUACUAAGAAAUAUCAAAAAUGGCGGAAUCCUAUGAAUUCCUUCCCAUAUAAAUAUAUCUCAACAUCAUAUGCCCAAACCCAUCCAUUCGAUUCAAAACAUCCCAAUUACUUAAGAGUAAGCAAGCAAUGGCAGGAAGAUCAAGAACCAACGUACCUGCUACAAUCUACAAGGAUUUCCAACCUCUAAUCCAGCGAAAGGAUGAACAAGGAGCUUAUGUCAUUGUUAUUAAUCUUCCAGGUUUUCCAAAGGAGCAAAUUAACGUAACCUAUGUGGAUUCCACACGCACCAUUAAAGUUGAAGCAGAACGAGCAGUGGAGAAGAACACACGCAGUCGAUUCAGUGAAGCUUUCCCUGUCCCUGAAAAUUGUAUCACUCAAAAAAUUCAGGGUUCUUUCAGAAAUGGUGUUCUCACCAUCACCAUGCCCAAACGAACCAUUACUCAGCUGCAGCCGCAGCCCCUCCCUUCUCCACCAUUGCCAACGGCUCAGGCUCAAACUGCUGCUGCUUCAGCCUCCGGUAUUGAAAAACAAAGAGGCCAAAAAGUACCGUCACCUCCACCAAAGGCUGUAUCUGAGCCUAAACCACCAAUGGCGACGACGGCUCCUCAGGCUCAAACUGCUGUCGCUUCAACCUCCAGUGUUGAAAAACAGAGAGACCAGAAAGUACCGUCACCUCCACCAAAGGAUGUAACUGAGCCUAAACCACAAAUGGCGACGGCGGUUCCUCAGGCUCAAACUGCUGUAGCUUCAGCCUCCAGUAUUGAAAAACAAAGAGACGAGAAAGUACCGUCAUCUCCAAAGGCUGUAACUGAGCCUAAACCACCAAUGACGACGGCGGCUCCUCAAUCUCAAACUGUUGCAGCUUCUCCGCAAAAACAGGCUAAAGAGAAGAAGAAAGUUGACGCAUUGCCGCCGUUAAAGCAACAAGAAAAAACUCAAAAGAAAGUUUAUUCCAUCGGAGAUAAUAGCACAAAGCAAGCCGAAGAAAAGAGUACUGGUGGUAGUGGUCCUACGACGUCGACUACGCCUGGAAUUGUUGAUAAAAAGGGUGAAACCAAAACUAAAGAUGGGUUAAAGGAUUUAGUGAAAGAACAAAAGACUAAAGAUUCCAUGUCGGAAGCCAGUGUUCCGAAGGCUGCGGAGAAGGCUGGCGUCGAAAAGAAACCGCAAGCGGGCGGCGGUGGGUUGCUGGAGAAAGCCAAGGAGAUGAGGGGUAUGGACAGAAUAAUGAAGAGUGUGAAAAGACUGACCAGUGACGAGGACGAGGAUCGGCAGUUGCUGAUAAAUAUAGGGGUGUCGGUUUUGGUGAUAGUGGCAAUUGGAGCUUACAUUACAUACAGUUAUCGAUCAUCUGGGAAAGCUAAACACUAGUGGUGUUUAAACUUUAAAGGGCAAAGCUUAAAUAAUGGCUGAAAGGUGUUAUGAUGAUUUAUAUUUUACUAUCCAUGUGUUUGAGAUAUGUUUUCAAUAUAAUCUUUUAAAUACCAAUUCAAAGUUUAUUUAUAUGGAAUCCAAAGCUCCUUCAAUGGCACUUGCUCGCUCUUGCAUGGAAUUGCCAAUGUUGGUAGCUAUUAGCCUACUGUUGUUGAGUUAAGGCCCGUUCUUUAAUCCGGUUGAAAAGCACUUUUACACCCAAAAGUGCUUUUGGGUGAAAAGUAACAGAGAACAUAUUUCAUUUGGGGCCAGUACACUAGCUUUUCUGAAGUACUUUUGGGCAGAUGAAAAAGCAGAAAAUUUCCGCUUUUCCGGCCAAAAAGUGCUUCUUAACUGGUCCUUUACUUUUUUAGCCCCACACACAAACUACUGCUGCUUCUUAGCUGGUCUUUUACUUCUUUGCUCUCAUCUCUUCUCUCGCUGGUUCUUUGUUCCUCUGCUGCUUCUUUGAUCCUCUGCUGGUGCUGGUUCUUUGUUCUUCUACUGGUGCUAGUGCUAGUUUUUUGUUCCUCUGCUGGUGCUUUGUUCCUCUUCUCCACCACCAUUUGGCCCAGCUUCUAGAGUCUGUACAUCAAAAAGCUCAACUAACAUGAAUAUAGGGUUGGAUCCUACAGGAAGGAAAGAAAAAGAAGAGCUGAAACGAUUUUGUUCGUAUACACAAUAGAUGAGUACUUCGGCUGUUGAAGUUAGUGAUGGAAAAGGAAAAGUAAUGUGGGAUAAGAGAUUGACAGAAAUAUUUUGUGAUAUUUGUAUUAAAGAGAUAUUGAAAGGUAAUAGGCCUGGUACUCAUUUCACAAGAGAUGGAUGGUUGAAAAUAAUGACAAACUUUGAGAAAGAAACGGGCAAGGGUUUUUCACAAAGACAAUUUAAAAAUAGGUGGGAUGCCCUAAAAAAAAAAAGGAAAGCUUGGAAAAAACUUAAAGGCGAAGAUACUGGUUUAGGGUGGAAUCCUAUAAAAAGAACCGUUGAUGCAUCGGAUGAAUGGUGGGAGAGUAGGCUCCAGGUUGUGCCUGAAGCUAAAAAAUUUAAAACAUCGGGCAUUGAUCCUGAAUUCGAAGGGAAGUUGGACCAAAUGUUCAUGGGGAUAGUUGCAACAGGUGAUAAAGCAUGUGCACCUUCUUCUGGUACACUCCCUACUGAUUUUUUGGAGGAUGUUAACAACGAAAUACCUAAAGAGAAUGAAGAAGAAAAUAUGAGAAAUGAUGUUCACAUUUUAAAUGAUGUUCACAUUUCAAAUGAUGUUCAAAUUGAUGGAAACAGGCAGAAAAGAAAAAACCCUGAGAUGUCAAGUUCACAUUUUAAAACUGGAAGAAAGAAAUCCUCAAAGCAAAUUGGAGGGGCUGCAAGAUUGUCCAAUCAAAUAGAAAAAUUAUGCAAUGCAGCUGACAGUAUGAGUCAAGCCACAUCUAGUUUGACUCCUGUUAUGGAUCCAUUUGGUAUUCCACAAGCAGUCAAAAUGCUUGACAGCAUGUCGGAAGAAAUUCCAGAAGCUAGUCCGCUAUACUUUUUCGCACUUAGAUUAUUGCUCAAUAAGGACAAGCGAAUUAUGUUUUUAUCAAUUAAUCCCAAGAUUAGAGCUUUGUGGCUUAAGACGGAAAUGGAGGAUAGUUGAAAAUUUUCUGAUCUUUUAGGGUUUAAAGCUAUCUAUUAUGUGACUAAACAACAAUGCUAAACUAGUUUUAUCAAUAGUUAUUUAUGUUUGGUUUUUGGAUAUUGAAUUUAUGUUCUACUUAUUUAUGUGAAAUCUAGUUUUAUUAAAA